UUUGCAGUUGAGGGAGAAAGAAAAAAUGGCUCAAAGCAUCUUGUCCAUGGCACAGAAUUUAGCUUUGAUGAUAUCAAAUGAAGCUGAUUUCCUCUCCGGAGUGCAUGAUCAGGCUCAAUCCUUAUGCAACGAGAUCAGAUUGAUGAGUUCUACACUAAGAGACGCCAAUGAGAAACGCAGAGCUGGAAAUGAGGUGGAAGAAUGGGUGAACCAGGUUAGGGAUGUUGUCCUGGAGGCAGAGGAUGUGAUUGAGUUCUUCAUCUUUCGAGCAGAGCAACAACGGCACAAGAACAUCAUAACCAGGUACAUCUACUACCCAAAUCAACUAUAUAAUCUCCACAAGUUAGGGAAAAAAAUGGAAAAUUUCAUUACAAAGAUCAACCAGCUUUCAGUUAGGAGAUCUACUUUGGGGCUUGCAACUUCAGAGGUUGCAGGGCAAAGUUCAGUUGGUAUGAUCACCAAUGAACAAGGCCAUCUAUCUUUUCGACGACGGGGAGAUCUUGUGGAAGAAUCCUUUGUCAUUGGAUUCGAAAAGGAAGAGAAUGAAAUAGUAAACACGUUGUUGAUACCCAUAGAGCCCCUACGGCCAUGUCUUACUGUUGUUUCAAUAGUAGGAAUGGGUGGUAGUGGAAAAACCACCCUUGCUAGAAAAAUCUACAAAAGGAUUGAUGUCAAGCAACACUUUCAGACUCGUGCUUGGAUUUCAGUCUCUCAGAAAUUUCAUUUAAAAGAUCUUCUCCAAGUCAUUAUAGAACAGAUCCAGCCCCUCACCUAUGAAGAGAAGAAGGAGCUGAAAGAGCUAGAUGUGGAAAGCUUGAUCCAUCUGCUCUCUAGUCACUUGAAAGAAAAAAACUACCUAAUUGUGUGUGAUGACUUAUGGAGGCCUGAAGAUUGGAGCCGGUUGAAACAAGCCCUCCCAGAUCAGGAAGAGUGUUAUCAAAGCAGGGUGUUGGUAACCACUCGCAAUGAAAUCGUAGCUAGAUGUGCGGAUCCCUCUACAACUCCCUAUUUCCAUCGCCUUUUGGAUGAAGAUGAGAGUUGGAAGCUCUUCUGGUCCAAGGUAAUGAUCAUUAAGGAUGCAGGUUGCCCUCAAGAUUUGGAGGAUUUGGGAAGGAAAAUUGUCCACAAGUGUCAUGGAUUGCCACUGGCUAUCGUUGUAUUAGGCGGUCUCUUAUCUAUUAAACCGAGGAAUCAUAUUGCUUGGUCCAAGGUUCUUGAUAGCAUAACUUGGGAGCUUAAUCGAAAUGAAGGGAAUUGCAAACAAAUAUUGGCUUUAAGUUAUACUGACCUUCCGGAUCAUUUGAAGCCUUGUUUCCUCUACUGGAGUCUUUUCCCAGAAGACUAUGAGAUUCGGCGUAGUAGGUUGAUAUGGCUAUGGGUGGCAGAAGGAUUCAUACAACCAAGGGGAUGCUUGAUGAUAGAAGAUGUGGCCGAGGAUUACUUGGAGGAGCUCAUCCAAAGAAGCAUAAUUCAAGCAACAAUCCGAAGUUAUGAUGGACGUGUCACAUUUCUUCGUAUCCAUGAUCUUAUUCGAGAUCUAGCAAUUUCGGAAGCUAAGCAGGAGAGGUUUCUUGAAGUUGUUGGGAGUGAUAGUUCGAUUUCCCUAAAUAAACUACGUCGGCUUUCCAUCAUUCAAUCUACUAGUGGAGGUACCUAUGAUAGUGCAACUAAUGCUCUAAAUCAAGGUACUAAAACAAAUCGUCCCCGCUCCUUACUGUGCUUCUCUAGAGAUGUUGCAAGAAACUUGUGGAUGAAAAAGUCUUUUUGUGGAGCCAUGAAACUACUUAGAGUCUUAGAUCUACAGGAUGUGCAUCUAAGUUCUAUACCUAGAAGGCUGCUUGAGCAGGUUGGAAAUCUCAUACUCCUCAAGUACUUGAGCCUACGUUCUACUGACAUGAAACAGCUUCCUUCUUCAAUAGGGGACCUGCAAAAUCUACAAACCAUGGAUUUAUCUUAUACUGAUCUCACACACUUGCCUGUGACAGUAACGAAACUGCAGCAACUAAGAAAUCUUGUUUUCAGUGGUUAUCUUGGACACGAUCCCUUCAGCUUCGAUUGCCCUCUCGAUCACAUGACGAAUCUGCGGACGCUAAUGCUAUAUGAAGGCAACUGGAUGAGUAGUCUAGACAAAUUGACUAAUCUAAGAUCACUAUCCAUCAAUUCAGCUAGAAGUCUUUCUCCAUAUAGAGAGGUAUUGUUAAAUGCCAUCCCCAAAUUGAACCAGCUUAGGGGAAUUUCUCUGACGUAUUUUGAAGGGAGAGAGGAGCCACUAGUACUUCCUACUUCAUUUUCUGAUCACUUGGAGCUCUACCAUAUAUCAUUAUAUGGAAUAAUUGGAAUUCAAGAUUUUCCCUCUAAUCUCACCACCUUGUUGUUGAGAUUUCAGAGAGGACAACAAAUGGAUGAACUGAUGAAAAACCUAAAGAAACUACCCAAACUAAGAUGCCUCAUCUUGAGACAAGCAUAUUUGGGAUCCAAAAUCAUUUUUUCGGUUGAUGGGUUUUUUCAACUUGAGGAAUUGGCAUUGAUUGAAUUAGAUGACUUGGAAGAGCUCACAGUGGAAGAAGGAGCAUUACCGAAUCUUAGGGUUUUGACAGUUAUAAGUUGUGGGUUAAAAAGGCUUCCAUGUGGGUUGAAACAAGUGAUCACUCUUCGGGAACUUACCUUGUUAGAUAUGUCAGUAGAGCUUCAAUAUAGGGUCCAAAAAGACUGGGGAGAAGAUUGGGAGAUCAUCAAACACAUACCUUCCAUUGAAACUGAAUCAGAAUUAAGUUAUGUUUGUUUACCAAAAUUUUAUAGUCAAUGGUGUUGAUACUUUGACUCUUAAAAUUCAUUUCUGUUUAGGAAUCCUUUUAUACUAUCAAGGAUUAUAGGGCAGUAAAGCUUUGUGCGUCUGAUUUCCUCUUCUAUGUAAUAAAGGAACUACUUUUUUUUUUGAA